CGCGAGUAGGCUGGCUAGAUCUAGUGGAAGUGCUGGCGGUGAAAAAAGUUCACUCAAGUAACGUUAGCCGAAGAACACUGAUCAGAAAUGAAAUGACAACUGGGACUCCGUCUAAAGAUUUUGAGUCGAGCUCCACCAGUGUGUCCUGCUGUAUGCUGGGGAAGAGCUGCCCUCACGACAGUGUCUCUCUGCUCGUCUGAGAGAGAGGGAAAGAGGAGAAGAGAGAAAAAAGAAAGAGAGAGAGAGAGAGAGAGAGAGUAUGGAUCCAGAUGGCGGUGGGGACGUCCGGUCGAGUUCCCCGGUGCCCGGCGAGGACCUGGUGGAGUGGCUGUGCAGCCUGCACCUGCCCCAGUACGCGGCGCUGUUCGCCGGGGCGGGCCUGCGGAGCCUGGCCGAGCUGCGGGGCCUGACGGCCGAGAGGCUCCAGGCGGUGGCCGACUUCCCCACGGGCCACCGCCGCCGCAUGCUCUGCAGCCUGGAGGCCCUCGGGCUGGACAAGCCCCCGCAGGAGCGGGGCGCCGGGGCCAGGGGAACGGCGGCGGCGGCAGCGGACGCUGCCGGAGACUCGUCUUUAGGUCCUUCGAGGCGGAAGCCCGUGCCCGUGCCCAGGCCGCGCCACCUCUUCCUGAAGACCCGCAAGCGAGGCGCCUCAUGCCACACGCUGCAGGCCGCGCCGCCGGGGACGUCCACCGCGCCAGGGAUGGACGCGGGCAGCACCAGGACGCUCCCGGCCAGGUCACGGACGAGCCCGGGCAACGGACUCCAAGAGGUCACCCCGCCCGGCGCCUUCUCCGGCUCGUCCUCUUCGUCUCUAACGGUGCCCCGGCCAAUGCCCGGUGCCCGCUCCCUCUCUCCCUGCUCCUUCUCCAGUUCCACCCACAGCACCAGCAGCAGCGAAUCGCUCUCCUUCUCCUCCCACUCGCUGCCCUCCGAUCUGGAGAAUGUCCCGGAGCGGCCCGCCCCUUCCUCCGCAAUCCCCGCCUCUCCCUCUCCAGACUCCGCCCCCUCGUCCUUAUUGGACGUCUCCCCGUCCUCGCGGCUGGACGCUCUGACCCCGGCGGACGGCGUCCAGGAGGACUUCCUCAUGGUGGACAACGACAUCUACGAGAUGGAGCCCGUGCCCCAGCCCCCCGCCGUGCCCGUGGGCAAGCGCAACACGCGCUCCUACCGACUACGCCACAGACCCGUCCCCCAGCUCCCAGAGCAGGACCUCACGCCCACAUACCAAUGGAAUGCGAGUGCCAAAUCUACAGACCCAUCGCCUAGUCGGACUCCCAGUGGGAACAACAGCCAGCAGAAAGCUCCUCUGGAGAGGAAGGUGUCAGUCAUCACUCCUUAUGGUGAGGUUUAUCUGUACAACAACCCAGAGAACAAAGCGGACGGAGGGGCCAAAGAGCAGGUUGUGACGGAUAUCAAGGAGAAGUCGAAGCAGAAGAAGCAUCGUAAGAAGCAGCCAAAGCAGAAAGAGCAGCGUAGAGGCAGCAAAGACCAGCAGGUGGCGCCCCACCCAGCCCCCGCGGCCCUGGAGGAUGCCGACGACCGUAACCGCGACGAGGAGGAAGACGAAGACUAUUCCACCGUCCAGUGCUUCCUGGAGCCGCCGACACGGCCAUCCGCCGAGAGCGGUCAGCGCUCCUCCAGGUCGCCGUCCCCCGCCAACUUCUCCCCGCCGUCGUCGUCAUCGUCUCAGGGUCCGCCCCCCGGGGAGGUGACGGGCAACGCGACGGCGCCGGUGCUCUCGACUUCGCCGCCCGCGGGCGAGGGCGAGGACGAGGACGAGAACGACGUCUACACGGAGCCGCUGGACGCGCUGCCCGGGCCGGCCAGAGUGGAGCUGCCCGAGGACGUGGAGUCGGCCAUCUCUCCCUACGCCUGCUUCUAUGGAGGGCCCCGAGCUGCCCUCAAGACCGGGUGGCUGGACAAGCUCUCCCCUCAAGGGAGAUGUACUCUAAAGGGCUGAUCCCGGUGUCGUCGAUGCAGCAGGUGCGGGCGCUGGGAGAUAACCGGCUGGAGGUGGUCACGAGUCUGCGCACCUUCGUGUUCCGCGCCGAGCGAGAGGGGGACAGACAGGAGUGGCUGUCGGUGCUGCAGGAGGCCCUGGGCUCCCGUCCCUGCGUCCCCCAGCGCCCCCCGCAGGGCACUCUGGGCCGCUGCGGCCCCCUGGAGCUGCGGGGCCACAAGGGCCGCGUCUACGCCUGCCUGCUGGGCACCCGCGUGCGCCUCUGCAAGAGCGAGCAGGACUUCAGUGCUGGUUUGGCAAUCGCCAUAGUGGAGCUGACCUCAACCUGUGUGAAGCACGUCGAGAGGAGAGGCUUUGAGAUCAACACUCCAUUCAAGACCUUCUGCUUCACGGCGGAGUCGGAGCGCGAGCGUGACGAGUGGGUGGAGGCGGUGCAGGAGUGUAUCGUGGAGACGCUGUCGGACUACGAGGUGGCCGAGAAGAUCUGGUACAACGAGGCCAACCGCAACUGCGCCGACUGCCGCGCCCCCAACCCUGAGUGGGCCUCCAUCAACCUGGUGGUGGUCAUCUGCAAGAAGUGCGCCGCGCAGCACCGCUUCCUGGGGCCCAGCAUCUCUCAGGUGCGCAGCCUCAAGCUGGACAGCAGCAUCUGGAGCAACGAGCUGGUGGAGCUCUUUCUGGAGGUGGGGAACAAGAAUGCUAACAGUUUCUGGGCGGCCACCUUGAGCCCCGAGGACGAGCUCCACAUGGGUGCGUCGGCCGAGCAGAGGGCCACCUUCCACCGCAGGAAGUACCGCCAGAGGAAGUACCGGCGCACGCUCCAGGGCCUCAGCACCCAGGACGACCUCAACAAGGCCCUGUGUGCGGCGGUGGUGCAGCCGGACGUGCUACGGAGCAUGGCGCUGGUGUUCAGCGGGGCGGACGUCAUGUGUGCCACGGGUCACCCCGGCCACUCCACCCCCUACCUGCUGGCCCAGAGGGCCGCCCAGCGCCUGCAGAUGGAGUUCCUCUACCACAACAAGCUCUCAGACUUCCCUAAGCUGGAGCAGGUGUGUGAGGGCAGUUGUCCGGCUGACAUCCCCUCCUUCAUGGAUGGCUUCCUCUACUGCUCCAUCAGCAGCUCCAAGGCCACGCUGGACAGGAGGGGCCGCGACGACAUGGUGCGGCGCUGGUGCACACUGGAGGGCGGCUUCCUCAGCUACUACGAAAGCGAGAAGAUCGCCACGGCAACGGGCAGGGUGGAGAUCAGCGAGAUGACCUGCCUGGCAAUCAACCGCCAUGAGACCAUGACUGGAGCUGGGGCGGUGUUUACAUUUGAGAUGUACCUGCCAACUGAGAAAGUGCUGGUGCUUGGAGCCGAGACAGCCGAGACACACAAGGACUGGGCCUGCGCCGUCUCCAAGUGUUUCUUGCCCGCGGAGGCCGAGUCCAUCCUGAGGCGGGACUGCGAGCUGAUUGGCCGGCUGUACUAUAAGGAAGGUCACGACCUCUACCACUGGCGGGUGGGCUGGUUUGGCCUGGAGGGCUCUGAUUUGUACUUCUGCUCCCCGGAGGGAGAGGCCGAGGAGGGCGUGCUGCAGCUCAAACGCCUGCAGGAGAUCACGGUGUCUACACAUGUCGAAGGUGAAGACAAGAUCCAGGUGCUGCUGAUGGUGGAGAGUGGAAGGACGGUGUACAUCCACGGCCACUCCCGUCUGGACUUCACCCUCUGGCACGCCGCCAUCCAGCAGGCGGCCGGCACAGACGGCCGGGCGCUAGGCAACCAGCAGCUCAGCAAGAACGACAUCCCCAUCGCCGUGGACAGCUGCAUCGCGUUCGUCACACAGUACGGCCUGUGCCACGAGGGCAUCUACCAGAAGAGUGGCGACGCGGCGCGGGUGUCCCAGCUGCUGGACGACUUCCGUCGGGACGCCCGCAACGUGAAGCUCCGCGCCCAGGACCACCUGCUGGGGGACGUCACCGACACGCUCAAGGCCUUCCUGGCCCAGAGCGAGGACGCGCUGCUGACCAAGGAGCUCUACCCCUACUGGGUGUCUGCCCUGGAUGAGGAGGAUGAGGAGAGUCGCGUGCAGAAGUAUUCCACCUUCAUCAAGAGUCUUCCUCAGAUCAACCGCACCACACUGGAGGCCCUGCUACAACACCUUUACAGGAUCCAGAGCUGCUCCCAGAUUAACCAGAUGAGUGCUGGGCGGCUGGCGGCGGUGCUGUCUCCGUGCCUGUUCCAGACCGAGGGCCAGAGGGAGCAGGAGCGCCGCGUGGUGGAGGACCUCAUCAGCAACUACGUGCAGCUCUUCACCGUCAAUGAGGAGCAGGUCAAGCAAAUGGAGAAGGAGAACAGCUUCAUCACCAGGUGGAAGGACACCACGCAAUUUUCUCCAGCAGGGGACCUAAUCUUUGAAGUUUACCUGGAGAAAAAGGAGCCCGAAACCUGCUGUAUAGUUAAGGUUUCUCCCACAAUGCACUCUGUUGAGCUGGCCAGUUGCACCCUGGGAAUGAAAGGCCUGAAAGGGACGGACGAGGAGCUGUGGACCACUUAUGAGGUUCUGGAUAACGGAGAGCUGGAGAGGCCCCUACACUACAAAGAGAAGAUUCUGGAACAGGUGUUAGAGUGGAGCUCCUUGGAAGAUCCCAGCUCUGCCUUUCUGAUCGUCAAGAAGUUUCCGGGUGCUAAACUCCCCCCUGCCCGCGCAGAGAUCCUGAAGGACUCCAUGAAAGGGGAGCAGGUGAAGUUCAAAGAUGGCUCCUCCAAGCUGCUCUCCGCCAACAAGUUCCAGGACCGCUACUUAAUGCUCCGCGACAAGAAGCUGGUCCUGUACAAGGACAUGAAAAGCACUAAGCCAGAGAGGGAGGUGCCUUUAAAGUCAGUGAAGUGCUACCUGGGCGUGAGGAGGAAGAUGAAGCCACCCAGCAGUUGGGGCUUCACAGUGUUUACGGAAAAACAGCAAUGGUAUUUCUGCUGUGACAGUAAGGAGUCUCGGCUGGACUGGGUCACCUGUGUCAUCCGAUCAAAGCAUGGCAGCGACUUGUGGCCCAAAGAUGAUGUGGAGUGGGGCGCGCCGUGCCCCUCGGGCGUCCGGCAGAGAGCCGUGUCGGCCGUGGGCAGAGGCACCGUCAAAACCACAAGCCAAGGCCCAGCAGAGAAGAGGAAAGCGUCCCUCAACAUUUAUGGAGGGGACAUGAAACCCAGCUUGGGUCUGAUGGGUACGGUUCACCAGCGCAAUGCUGCCCUCAUAGCACAGUCACUGAAGCAGAAGGAGCUGCCUGGUGCCCCAGACGCAAGGCCUCAAAUCACGGCCCAUGGAGCAAAUCAAACGCGCCCUAAGCCCAAGAUGGCCGCCAGGGAGACAAACCAGGCGGACUUCGCUACCAACGUGGAGUUUGGUGGAAAGAGCCAGGCCGACUCGGCGCAAAAGACGGCAGGCGCUAAACCAAACCUGCCGGAGCCAAGAAACAAAAUGGCGCCCGGUGGAGCCAAGCAACCAAACUCUAAACCUCAAUUUCCAUCCGGCGGAGGCCACCACCAGCCGGCGGCCAACCAAAGACCACCCAAAAUGACUGCGGCCAGGGAGAAGCAGCAAGACCCUACCAGAGCUCACUAUGCUCCCAGAGCUCCGAUGCCUUUGGCAGGGGGGGUGCCCCAUGGCCUGGCCCAGCAGAAGAAGGCCCUGCUGGGGACAGCAGGAGGGCAACUACCCCCCAACCUCCUCAGUGAACUCAGCACUGUGCUCAGCAAAACAGGCCGCCUCCCAAAGGACGAGAGCUGAACGCAAGAGCAGAAGGUGUGAGUGAGGGAACAAAUGAUUUCCUAAACUAGUGAGGAAGUGACAUGUUGAGUGAGUGCUGUGCUUUUUUUUUAUCAGACUGUGGAUUUGUGAGAAUGUGAACGUUACCGAAAGCUCUUAAUGUAUGUAUUUUAAUAAUAUUAUGUUAUUUAUAGCCCAUGAUCAAUUUUUAUAUACGUUGUUUAUUAUAUCCUUUUACCUGAGAUUUGUGUUAGUUGAUCAAACUACAUGCAUCACCACAACCAAAGAGUUCUUGACGCAUGUCUAUGCAUGAUGAUAGGCAUAUAGAUACAGUUUCGGAUGUUAAUAUAAUGGUCAAGAUUUUAAAGGAUAUUGUUUUCUGUGAGCUGCCAUUAUUUGUUAUUUGUGUGCGUACAUGUGUGUGUGUGUGUGUGUGUGUGUGUGUGUGUGUGUGAGUGUGUGCGUGUGUGUGAGUGUGUGCGCGUGUGUGUGUGCGUGCGUGUGUGUGUGCAUGCGUGCGUGCGUGUGUGUGCGUGUGUGUGUGUGUGUGUGUGCGUGUGUGUGUGUGUGCGUGUGUGUGUGUGUGUGUGUGUGUGUGCGUGAGUGUGCGUGUGUGUGUGCGUGCGUGAGUGUGUGUGUGUGCGUAAGUGUGUGUUUGUGUGUGUGCAUAACUGUGUGUCUUGUAUGAUUCCCAUGGGUGUGUUUGCACGCCAAAGAAACCUCAAGUUACACACUACGUACUUUUAAGGCAAUGCAUUAUCAUAGGGCAGAGAAAAAUAUAUAUUGUAAGCACUUGUCUCACACUGAGAGUAUUGCAACCAGUAUGUUUUUGAUGAUAUUCAUGUUCAGGAUACAUUUCAGUACUUCUGGGAUUUAUAUACUCCAGAAAUGACGAUGAACAACAGCAUCCCUCUCCAGUCACUUUUCCGUUUUGACUGCUAUAGGUGAUCUAGCUAUUAGAACAAGUUAAACUCAUUCCUUACUCAAACACAUGUAGGCUUUAGGUCUCCAUCAUUUCCGUGGUCAAGGUUUGUGGUUUUCACAUGCUGGGAAAUCCAAUUGGAGACGAGACCAAUUUCGUUGCCUCCUCCAGUGAAGGAAAUUCCAAUUAAUCCGUUUGACUGAUGGAAUUGACUUUGUUGUAUGACUGCCAUUUUAUUGCUUUCUUGUUUUUUUUUUAGACAGGAAUGAUUCCAUUUUUUGGUGUAUGUGAUAAUUGGACAUGAUGGCAUUAGAUCAGUACAUGUUAGCACAGUGAACUAAAAUGCCUCUACAUAGUGUGUGUUGAUUCUCUUUAAUUCAAUAAACACCUCCUGUUUGAGGGGACAUUCU